AUGGAUGAAACUAUUCGGAGCAUGAGAAAGAACCCCAUUGCUGAGAUAAUAGCACAGUUCCAGCAACAUACUAUUGAGUCUUUAAUUCUGACCACUUGUUGGAACAACACGUUAUUGCAUUUGGAUGAUUACUGUAUGGAAAACUACGGAAAAACAGUUGAUACUGAAAAAUAUGAAUGGAAAACAACGCAGGAAAGGCGAAGAGAGUGCCAUACCACAAUGCGAACCUCGCUUUCUCGUCGAAAUGAUGAUAGGCCUUAUACGCACCAUGGAGCAAUCUCCACAUACACCACGGAAACUCAGUUCUCUAUCUUCUUCCGAUGCGUCGGAAUAAGAAGGUCCAUAGGAUAUUGGAUUGGACGGAGUGGUUGA